AUGAGCUCUUACAACAUAAUAGUAGUGAAUUAAUAUAAAUUGGUAGUUGAUUAGACCUGAAAACCAAAUGCCUUUGGUAAAAUUUCAGUCAUGCCAUAUAGAAUAAUUCAAGAGUUACUUAGAUCAUAAUCAAGUUGGAUUUCAAUAAAAAAUAAUAUAAAUGUUAAUGAAAAAUUUAUAAUGA